AUGCUGUCCUGGGUUUAUCCGAUUCGAAUUGUCCAGGCGAUAUUUGCCUUCGCUACCAUUGGUCUGACUGCCUAUGUCAUUGCUUCUUUAUAUGACGAGUGGUCCUUCUCCAAUUUGAUCUAUUUCAUGCUCUUCAACGGAUGCUGGACCGCAGUCGUGGCCAUUCCCUACCUUGGUCUCGCGCCUCUGUGGCUACCACGCAUUUCUCACGAAUUCGUGAUCCCCGCCGUUGAAAUCCUCACUAUGGGGCUCUGGCUGAGUGGCUGGAUUGCUAUGGCAGCGAUGAUUCCCAAACCAAACGUGUGUAACUAUGCCAGCUGCCACGGCCUGCAGGCAACUAUUGUGGUGGCUGCUAUUGAAUGGGCCCUUUUCGUGUUCACCAACGUCUAUGCCCUUAUGGACGUCCAUAACUCGAAGCGCAACCGCAAGCUUCAUCAACAGCAGCAAGAAGUCACAGAGGUGACUAACCCUGAGACCGUUUGA